CGGACUUGGACUCUAUACUCCGGGUUCUGUGCACCAACGUGGACCCGGGACUUGUGUGGGUGCACUUUUUUUUUUUUUUUUUUAAAUCUUUUCUUCCACGCACGCACCUUUUUUUACGCACGUAAAAAAAAAAAAGUUCCGGUGGAUUUUUUCCGAGGCCCCGGCAUGCCGCUGAGGUGAAGCGAGGACAAGACAGGGUUCCUCCGGGUUCGGGUUUCAGCGUCAGGGGGGUCCGGCUAUUAAAGAUUUUGACCCGAGAGAAGUUGUCAACAAGAAGACGCGUAGCAAAGACGCGAACUGGCAGCUGGACAAGUUCACGUACAUGCACGCGUGUAUUCCCGCCUAAAUAUAGACGCUUUUCCGCUUUCCUGCGAAGUCGAGGGUCGGUUCGCGGUCCCCUCCGGCGGGGAGUCCUCGCAUGGACUGACAUGGCCGCCGACCUCGCCAUGAGCGCGGAGCUGCCCAGCAGCCCCCUGGCCAUCGAGUACGUCAACGACUUCGACCUGAUGAAGUUCGAGGUGAAGAAGGAGCCGCCGGAGGCCGAGCGGUACUGCCACCGCCUCCCGUCGGGCUCGCUGUCCUCCACGCCCAUCAGCACGCCCUGCUCGUCGGUGCCGUCCUCGCCCAGCUUCUGCGACGCCAGCCCCGGCGGCGCGCAGCCCGGCCAGAACCUCUCCGUCGGCGCGAGUAGCGGCAGCGGCGGCGGCGGCGGUAACACCGGCAACGUGAACGGGGGAAGCGGCGGGAAGCCUCCGCUGGACGACCUGUACUGGAUCCCCAACUACCAGCACCACAUCAACCCGGAAGCGCUCAACCUGACCCCGGAGGACGCGGUGGAGGCCCUCAUCGGCAACGCGCAGCACCACCACCUCCACCCGCAGGCCUACGACGGCUUCCGCGGGCAGCAGUACGCCGGGGAAGACUUAAGCGCGGCCUCGCACCACCACCACCACCACCCGGCGCACCUGCACCACCACCACCACCACCACAGCAGCCACCACCACCACCACGCCCGCCUGGAGGAGCGCUUCUCGGACGAGCAGCUGGUCAGCAUGACGGUGCGGGAGUUGAACCGGCAGCUGCGCGGCUUCAGCAAGGAGGAGGUGAUCCGCCUCAAGCAGAAGCGGCGCACGCUGAAGAACCGCGGCUACGCGCAGUCGUGCCGCUUCAAGCGCGUCCAGCAGCGCCACAUGUUGGAGAGCGAGAAGUCGAGCCUGCAGAGCCAGGUGGAGCAGCUGAAGCAGGACGUGGCGCGCCUCGCCAAGGAGCGAGAUCUUUACAAGGAGAAGUACGAGAAGUUAGCGAGCAGGACCUUCUCCGCCAAGCAGGCCGACUUUUUCAUGCGCCCGUCAUCCACUGCUGUGCCCGAACUCCGAGCUCCUUCCUCGGCCUGCCUGCCUGCCAUCUGCCGCUGA